AUGCGAUCAAGGCUAGUUGGAAAAAGCUUGGCCUCUUUGUAUGUGCGGCCGCCUGUCACGUGCUAUACGGAUGCCUGUGAGGCUCCGGUGGCCAUGUGGAAUGGAGCUAUUCCACUGAAAGAGGUUCGCGUAAUGCAGAAGGGCGUGCCAGUACGAUACGUAAAGAAGCUUUAUUCCCACCCUUUGGAAACCUCCCCAACGCGACUUUCCUUCAAUGACAUCAACUCGAUGUAUUGUGUUGGCAAUGAGGAAUUGAUGCAGUUUUUUCCAGAGGGUUUGGGAGGAAAGGUGAUGCAGUUGAUGCCUCCAGGGCAUCCUAGAGGAUUUUUAUAUCGAAAGGAGGCGCAUUUAUUAAAUUUGUUUAUUGAUAAAAUACAACACUGGCAGGCAAAGCGCAAUGUGUUGAGUUCGCUUACUAAUAAUAGGCCGGGCUUUAUCAUUGAUGGUCCAAAAGGAUGUGGAAAGAGCGCUCUUAUGUGUCAAGUGGUGCAUUACGCCCGUUCGAGAAACCUUCUGACAUUAUACGUCCCGAAUGCGAAAGAAUGGACCCACGGGGAAUGGUGCUGGCCGAGUACCAUCUUGCCGGGGUUUUUUGAUGCCCCGGAUGCCGCACGGUUCUUUCUUCGUUACUUUGCAAAAGCCAACCGCAGCACUUUGCUGUCUUGGCGAUUAAAGUGUACCCCAAAUGACCUGCCGGUAGAACAGGGGGAACGACAACCACAAAAUUUGUAUGAACUCUGCGAAUGGGGACAUCAGGUAGUGGCCCCGGCCUCCAUUGAUCGUCAGAGCGUCUGUGUCAAGUUCCUCAUGGACGAGCUUAGUGCAGAGAAGAAGCUUCCCAUUGUUAUUGUUGUGGAUGGAUGGAAUCUAUUCUCCCAUGAUACACAUUUUCGAUAUCCACAUCCUGACUUUCUUCGUACGCUUGCCUCGCUCAACGAUGACUCCACAGAUAUCGAUCUCUAUCCACAAGAACUGCCUCGUAUUCCUGCGUCCCGACUUGGUUUUGUCCGCGGCCUGAACAAAAUGAUUCUCUCCAAGGAUGAACCGAAUAAGUUCUUCUUCACAUGCACCACGAGAGAUUUCAAACCAUUUGAUGGCAUCAGCGGUUUUCCAGAUGUUGAAACAGAUCGGUUCACGAAUAGCCUAGAUGAAUACGCCCCAUACGAUGCAGAAAAGGACUCUCUAUUUCACCCUAUUCAACUCGGCAACUUUGACGAGUAUGAAUUUCGUGCAUUUACGCGAUUUCUUGUGAAUUCCGGUGAGUUAGCUGGUCUUGGCUGGGGGCCCUUGUGGCAUUUCUCAAGCGACUUUGAGCGAAAGCUGUACAAGAUUGGGUUUCUCUCCAACCGCAACCCACAGGGGGUCAUUGAUCACUACCAUCAGGAGUUGGUGUGGCGUUAUGAAUACCAGAGGACACGCCAGAAACAGUACCUCCUACAUCGAAAUAUGGAACUGGUGGUUUCUAAGAGGAAAAAUCGUUAUGCUGAGCCCAAAGGGGGGUGA